AUGGCGCCUUCCAAAUUGAGCAGCGUACCUAUUAUAGACAUACAUGUCAAUGAUUUCAAGGACUCACUGGCCAACGAGAUCUAUACUGGCCUCAAGCGUCCACACGGAGGAGCAAAGUCCUUACCGACACUCCUUCUCUAUAGUACCGAAGGUCUUCGCCGUUUUGAAGAUAUUACCUACUUAGAUGAGUAUUAUCUAACCAACGCUGAAAUCGAGGUCUUGACCACCCACGCAGCCAGGAUAGUCAACCAGCUCCCGGAAAAUGCGCAACUACUGGAGCUUGGUAGCGGGAAUCUCCGCAAGAUUAAAAUAUUGUUGGACGAGUUUGAACGAAAGAAAAAGGCUGUUGAAUAUUUUGCUCUUGAUCUGUCCCUAGAGGAGCUUCACCGUACAUUCGCUGAAAUUCCUCCGGGAGGUUAUAAAUACGUCCAAUGCCGCGGCCUCCACGGAACAUAUGAUGAUGCUCUUGCUUGGUUGGCGAAGCCGGAGAAUAGACAAAAUCCAACCUGUAUUAUGUCUAUGGGAUCAUCCAUCGGCAAUUUUACUCGUCCGGAAGCUGCUCAGUUUUUGAAUCGAUUUUCGAGGAUGCUCGGGCCAUCCGAUUCCUUCCUUGUUGGAAUAGAUGCUUGUAAAAAUCCUGACAAAGUGUAUAGGGCUUACAACGACAAUCAUGGCGUGACCAAGGACUUUUACAUGAUGGGACUUUCCCAAGCCAAUUCUAUCCUCGGAUUUCACGCAUUCAAAAAAGAAGAUUGGGACGUGGCUUGUCGUUUCGAUAUGGCAACUGGUUCACAUAAGGCCUAUUAUGUUCCAAAUAUGGACGUCUCCGUAGAUGGAGUGGUCAUGAAAAAGGGUGAAAAGAUAUUGUUCGAGCAGGCUUUCAAAUACGGACCCAAGGAAUGCAAGAACCUGUUUCAACGCGCGGGAGUAAUGCCAAUAGCGCAGUUCGGAAAUUGCACUGGUGAAUAUUAUGUUCAUCUCCUGUCAUCCUGCACCUUGGAAUUGCCCACUCAAGUCACGGAGUACGUGGCGGAUGUAAUUCCCAAUGUUGUAGAUUUUGAAAAUCUUUGGAAGAUUUGGGAUACCGUGACUCUAUCUAUGAUUCCCCAGGAUGAACUGCUGUCAAAACCCAUUAAGUUAAGAAAUGCAUUGAUUUUCUACCUCGGGCAUUCUCCGACUUUCUUUGACAUCCACCUAACGAGAGCCACGGACGGCAUCCCGACAUCACCUAAGCACUAUCAAUCGAUAUUUGAGCGGGGUAUUGAUCCAGAUGUUGAUAACCCGGAGCUUUGCCACGAUCAUUCUGACAUCCCAAGCGAAUGGCCACACCUUGGAGAGAUUCUGACGUACAGAGAUGCCGUCCGCAGCCGAGCACGCGCCGUAUUAGCGCAUGGAGUUAAGACCCGCCGUUUGGCUGAGGCAUUGUGGAUUGGCUUCGAGCACGAAGCAAUGCAUCUGGAAACAUUCCUAUACAUGCUCUUGCAGAGUGACGAAAUUCUCCCACCACCUGGAGUUCCUCAGCCGAACUUUGAAUCUCUCGCCCACCAAUCUGCGUUAGAAUCAAGGGAAAGUUCCUGGUUCGCUAUUCCCGAGCAACAGGUAUCCAUUGGCCUACAUGAUCCGGAUGAUCAUGUUAUCCCAAAGCACUCUUUUGGUUGGGAUAAUGAAAAACCCAAGAGGAUGGUGAAUGUUCCUGCAUUUGCUGCACAAGCCCGGCCUAUUACGAAUGGAGAAUAUGCGAAAUACUUAGAACAGCACCAUAUUUCAUUCAUACCAGCGUCCUGGAUUGACCUUGUCCCGAAGACAGCUGAUGUUAGGCGGAAUGGUUAUGGCAAUUGUAACGGCUAUUCUACCAACGGGCAAAGGCAACUUGACUCCGGCGCUAGUAACGAGUUUCUGGAGAGAUUUGCAAUUCGCACUGUCUUUGGACCAGUACCUUUGAAAUGGGCACUUGACUGGCCCGUGAUGGCUUCGUUCAAUGAGCUUCAAGGAUAUGCAGAAUCUAUGAGCUGCAGGAUUCCUACCUUUGAAGAGGUUCGAAGUAUUUAUCAGUACUCCAUGUUUCUUAAAUCAUUGGAGGACGAUGGAGCGCUUCGUUCAAUGAAUGGGAAUGGGCAUGGCAGCCACCGAAAUGCCAGGGUUGUGAAGACCCUAGACAAAUCAAUUGAACCCCCCGCGGAAGACGCUCACGGCAAUCCUCGCACACCGGAUCACCAGCCUGUUCAAUCCCCUUCAACAAACCCCAUGCCAGUGUUUAUUGAUCUCGACGACAAUUGCAACGUCGGGUUCAAACACUGGCACCCUACCCCAGUCACCAAACACGGAAACAGGCCUUCCGGACAGAGUGAACUGGGGGGCGUCUGGGAAUGGACAAGCACUCCCCUGCAUGCACAUGAGGGGUUCAAAUCUAUGGAGCUUUAUCCAGGAUAUUCAGCCGACUUUUUCGAUGGAAAACAUAAUAUUGUUUUGGGGGGCUCUUGGGCAACCCAUCCUCGAAUCGCUGGCCGAACAACAUUUGUGAACUGGUUCCAACGCAAAUACAUCUAUGUAUGGGCAGGUGCACGUCUGGUUCGGGAUAUCUGA